AUGGCUGCCAUUCAGCCAUCGCCGCCUCAGACCAGGGAGGGAUACCAUGCUGGAGCUGAAUAUAACAUGGAAAAGGUCCAUGGACAAAACGUUGUUGAUAUCCACGCAGACCCUAUGAAAAGCAAUGACUCCGACGAUAGCUCAGAACACAAGCAAGAUGGUGUUAAGCAGGUUGAAGCCAUUACGACGGUAUGGUCGAAGAAGAUGCUUUGGAUUGUUUUUGUUCUCCUAUACCUCGUUGCAUUUGUCGACAAUCUCCUGCAAUCCGUCCAGAGUAACCUGACACCCUAUGUUACCUCUGCUUUUGGUCAGCAUGGCCUCCUUUCUACAACCAGCAUCAUAUCCACGAUUCUCGGUGGCGUUUCGAAGCUUACAAUCGCCAAAAUCAUCGAUAUUCGUGGUCGAACCGAAGGAUUUGUCUGGAUGGUGCUUCUCAUUACCGUUGGUAUGAUCAUGAAGGCAACUUGUCAGAACGUUGAGACCUACGCUGCUGCCCAGACCAUUUUCUGGGUCGGACACCUUGGCCUUCAGUACAUCAUCACCGUCUACCUCGCCGACAUGACGUCUCUCAGGAACCGAAUGAUUAUGAUCGGUAUCAACAGCACACCGACGAUUGCUACGACCUUUGCCGGCCCAAAGAUAUCUCAGCUUUUCUACGACAACUUGAACUUCCGCUGGGCAUUUGGUGCUUUCGCCAUCAUUUUGGUUGGCUUUUGCAUUCCUGUUGCAAUCAUCUUCUUUCUCAGUGAGAUCAAGGCCAAGAAGGCGGGCCUUAUUCCCCCUAAGGUCAAGACGCGAAAUGUUUGGGGGUCCACUAAGCACUACUUCAUCGAGUUUGAUGAGAAACUAACUAAGCCUCAAGUUGUUGGCUUAAUCUUGGUCUCCGCCGGAUGGUCUAUGCUCCUGCUGCCUUUCAGCCUGGUUAGUUAUACGGCACACAAGUGGGAAAGUCCAACAAUCAUCUGCCUCAUCGUAUUUGGUGUGGUGACUUUGGUCGCUUUUGCCGCCUGGGAGAAGUGGUUUGCAGUUGUCUCACUUUUCCCUUACAAGUUCCUUAAGGAUAGAACCGUCCUCGGUGCUUGUUUGGUCUAUGGUAUCAUGUUUGCUUCCAUCUACUGCUGGGAUUCAUACUAUCAGUCAUACCUCCAGGUUGCGCACAACCAGUCCAUCACCAACUCGGGAUAUAUCUUGAACACCUUCAGUUUGACUUCAUCCAUCUUCUCCCCCCUGAUUGGAAUUCUGAUUCGUUAUACCGGCCGAUUCAAGUGGACGGCCAUCGCUGGUGUACCAAUCUGUAUUCUUGGUACCGCCUUGUUGAUUCACUUCCGUCAACCAAGCACCUCGACCGGUUACCUCGUCAUGUGCCAAAUUUUCAAUGGCGUAGCUAGCGGUAUCUUUAGUAUCUGCUCCCAGCUGGCAGUUAUGGCGUCUGUUACUCACCAGCAAGUCGCCGUCGGUCUUGCGCUCCAUGGCCUCUUUGGUUCGAUUGGUGCCGCCAUUGGUUUGGCCAUCGCUGGUGGUAUUUGGAACAACGUACUGAAGGAUGCGAUCUACAAAAACUUGCCAGAUGCGAGCAAAGAUCUCACAGCUAAGAUCUUUGGCGACCUCACUGUGCAACUCUCGUACCCUAUGGGCAGCCCCAUCCGCACUGCCAUCAUUACCGCCUACGCCGAUGUCCAGAGAAAGAUGGUCAUCGCCGGCUGUGCCUUUAUUCCUCUAAUAUUCCUUUCCCUGAUCAUUUGGCGCAACAUCAACGUCAAGACAGUCGAGGAAGAGAAGGGCAAGCAGACAAAGGGAACUGUUUGGUAA